CAAACACUUCAGUAUUUGAUUUUGUUCGUUCUCCGUCGAUAUGCCUGAACCGGCGAAAUCUGCUCCAGCUCCGAAGAAGGGCUCCAAGAAGGCGGUGACCAAGGCACAGAAGAAGGACGGCAAGAAGCGCAAGCGCAGCCGCAAGGAGAGCUACUCCGUGUACGUGUACAAGGUGCUGAAGCAAGUCCACCCUGAUACUGGUAUCUCGUCCAAGGCCAUGGGCAUCAUGAAUUCGUUUGUCAACGACAUUUUCGAGCGCAUCGCGGGCGAGGCGUCGCGCCUGGCGCAUUACAACAAGCGCUCGACUAUCACGUCCAGGGAGAUCCAGACGGCCGUGCGCCUGCUGCUGCCCGGGGAGCUGGCCAAGCACGCCGUGUCCGAGGGCACCAAGGCCGUCACCAAGUACACUAGUUCCAAGUAGAAGUCUUCAUAGCCG